GACAAGAUGCUUCGCACCCCGAAGUGCUCUAGGUGCCGGAACCAUGGCUAUCUGGUACCAGUCAAGGGCCACGCGGGCAAAUGCCGCUGGAAGCAGUGCAUCUGUGACAAGUGCUACCUGAUCACCGAGCGCCAGAAGAUCAUGGCUGCCCAGAAGGUGCUCAAGGCCCAAGCUGCGGAGGAGCAGGUGGCGGCCGUGGGCACGCAGGGUCCCCAGCUGCCUCCCAGGGCUCCAGCCGCAGCGGCUGCAGCGGCCACCGCCUCGAGCUCCAGCAUUUGCCCACUGCCUAGGGCGGCUUCCGGGGGCGCCGGAUCCGGCCCCGCGGCCACCUGCUUCCUCGAGAGGCCCCCGCAGGCCCGGAGCCCAGGCCCGAGCGCCUUCCAGCUGGUUCCAAGUGGCCGCCCGGCACCCAGCACCUUCCAUCCCGGACCAGGGGGCCCCAGGGGACUGCACGACCGUCCCCCCGCGUGGCUGCCCCAGCUCAGGCCCCAGGCGCCCAGGCCCGAGCUUGGCUGCCCUGAUCAGCACCUGCCUGUGCGGCCCGUGCCCCGACUGCCGUUCGCCGACUACGGGCAUCCUCUGAGAUUCAAGUCUGACCAUGUGGUAGGAGCUGCGUACCCUGAGAGAGAGCCAUUCAAGCAGUGCCCUGCCUGCGUCCCCGUGCCACCCUACCAGCCCUUCCCACUUUCGGAAGGCCAGGAUUCAUCCUCUGCUCUGGGGGUCCCUCAACAAAGAGGCUUCCGGCAUGUCUCCUGCAGCCCCUACCAUGGAAGCGGCUUGGUGUCAGAACCAGCCAGAGACCUGCAACCAACCUACUGCUCACCGCCGCCACUGCCACUACCGCCUCCUCCACCCCAGCCUCAGCAGCCCCACUUCCUCCCGCCAGGCUACCUGUCUGCUCUCCACUUCCUGCCACCGCCGCCGCCACCACCAUCUCCACCAUCUUUCUCGCUGACCAUCCUGUAUGAAUCAGACAAGGAGAAUACCGAUGACCAGGAUGCAGAGGCGCCCAGUGAGCCCAGCCAGCACUCUCCCCAAGAGCAGUCCAGCUAG